AUGCUGGGCAAGCGUCGAAGGCCUCCGAUGAUAAGGAGGACAACUAGCAUGACUGGGAUCACAGUUGAUAUGCCUGAUGUGGAGGCACCACCAUCUUUGGAUCAUCGGGAUAUGAUCAUAGGUGAUGUGAAGAAGAAGUUGGACGGACCAGAUCUUGAGCGUACUAUGGUGGGGCCAAGUGAGUAUAAUCACCGGUCGAUGGCACUGUUGUCACCCAGAUACCAUAUAAAGGGUUCAGGUGAUUACUCCACAGAGACUGCUCAUUUCUUGAGGACCUGUGGUCUCUGCAACCGCCGUUUGGCACCUGGUCGUGACAUCUUCAUGUACAGGGGGGACACUGCAUUUUGUAGCCUAGAGUGUAGGGAACAACAAAUGAAGCAAGACGAGAGAAAAGAGAAGUGCAGGGUGGCUGCUCUAAAGAAAGCUGAAAGCCAAAACAAAUGA